AGAACGAAGUUGAUAUGGAGGAUGGAUAUAGAGGAUGAGAUUUAGGGGAUAUCGCUGGAGAUAGCCUCAGCUGAAAGAUACAUACAAAUUGAGAGGUAAAAAUAGCUGUGGGAUCCAGUCGCUUUUGUUUUUCCUCCAAAGUGGUUAGCUGUACCCAUGCCGUACCCGGCGAGGCGCGGCUCUUGUCACUCCAAUCCAAGCAGCAAGCAACACCACUUCCAAGCUGCAGCUAGCUAGAGACGUUAGACCCGCCGGCGGCGGGCGCCGCCCAAGAGGAGGCGGAGCGAGUUGGUUCGCCUGAGGCGAGAUGGAGCACGCCGCGGUCAGCGCCGCCCAAAGCGCCAUGGGGAUGCUCCUGGGGAAGCUCGGGGACUUGGUCGCCCGAAAGUACGCGCUGCUGGGGGGCGUGCGCGACGAGAUCCAGGAGCUCAAGGACGAGCUCGAGAGUAUGACCGCCUGCUUCCGCGACGUUGCCGGUGCUGGCGACGACGACAGGCAGAAGGAGCAGAUGAGGACUUGGAUGAAACAAGUUAGGGAGAUCGGUUAUGAUGCAGAGGACUGCAUCGAUAUUUUCUUGCAUCACCUGAGCAAGCACUCAGGAGACAACAGAGGACUAGCAAGGCACGUAUACAAGAUUCUCAACUUCUUAAGAACACUGAAAGUUCGACUCAAAUUGGCCACUGAGAUCGAGAGCCUCAAAUCCCGUGCCCAGAAGGUGAGCGAGCGGAGGCUGAGGUACAAGCUGGAUGCCGUGGACAUUCCAGACAACAUGGCCAGCUCAUCCAGUUAUGUCGACAUAGAUCGCCGGCUGCCUGCACUACACGGCGACGAGUCACCACUGGUUGGGAUUGCCAAAAACAAACAACAAGUCAUCGACUUAUUAAAUAAAGAUGACAUGCAACUUCGGGUAAUUUCAAUUGUUGGGAUUGGUGGCCUAGGUAAGACCACCCUUGCGAUGACUGUUUUAAACAGUGGAGAAGAGACCGAAAGUCAAAUCCUCUCUGGACAGCCCAACAUUUUAAUCCGUGCUGGGCAGCCUAGCAUUCAAAUUCGCGCUUCUGUGCCUGUGUCUAAGACCUAUGAUCUCCGGGCACUUCUGGAGUACACUGUAAGGGAGCUUCACCGAAGACCCAUUGGGAAAGAUGAAGAUCCCCUCAUUAAAGGCGUUGGAUCCUGGGACAUACCAAAGCUAAUCGAAAGGUCUCGAGAACACUUGGCAGAUAAAAGGUACUUGAUCAUUAUUGACGAUGUGUGGCGCUCUACAGCAUGGGAACAGUUGAGGAGAGCUUUCCCUGAUAAUGGAAAAGGAAGCAGAAUAGUAGUUACUACACGUAGUGAUGAGGUCGCAAGAAGUUGUUCAUCAUCCAAUGGUGAUGUAUAUAAAAUGGAGGCAUUAAUGGAAGCUGAUUCCAGGACGUUGUUAUUCAAGACAGUGUUCGGGUCAGAGGCAAUCCCAUCCACGUAUCAGCAUUUGCUGACCUCCAAACUGGAGGAAGUUUGCAAUGCCAUCUUUAAGAAAAGUGGUGGUUUGCCCCUAGCCAUAGUAAGCAUAGGAGGAAUGCUAGCUCAAAGGAAAAAUGAGCCAGUGGAUAAUUGGGAAAAAGUAAUUGAAAGAAUACCUUCUGAAUUGCAAAAGGACAAAGUGCUAGACAGAAUGAGAAGGAUUCUCUCCCUUAGCUACAAUGAUUUGCCGUACCACAUGAAAGCUUGCUUCUUAUACCUAAGUGUUUUCCCAGAGGAUCAUGAAAUCAGAAGAGGUCCAUUGGUCAGAAGAUGGGAAGCAGAAGGAUUCAUUAGUGAGGUACACAGUUUGAGAUUGGAAGAGAUUGCUAAGGAUUAUUUCGAUGGAUUUGUCAGUAGAAGCGUUGUGGCUCCUGAACAGCUCACUAGCAGCGGCGAGGUCAGGAGUUUCAAGGUGCAUGACAUAAUGCUAGAUAUCAUCACCGCCAAAUCUACCCAAGAGAACCUCAUGUCAACCCUUGGGAAUCACCUGCAGAGCACAGUAGGGCAUGACAAGAUUCGGCGGGUUUCCAUUCAGCCAGGCAGCAGGGACAAUUAUUUCUCGAGAAGGGGAAGCUUACGCCAUGUCCGUUCGUUGACAAUUAUGGGCAGCACAGAGAAACCAAAGGACAUCACUUUCAGCAAGUUGAAACUUUUGAGGGUGUUAGAUCUUGAAGGGUGCCGCUGGCCAUUAAGUGAUAAAGAUUGGAAGGAGAUCUGCAAUCUGUCUCUACUGAGGUAUCUAAGCAUUAGAAGGACAGGUAACGAGCGACUACCGAGCAAGAUAGGGAAACUUAAAGGAUUGGUGACACUGGAUGUGAGGCAAACUAAAGUAACACAAUUUCCCAAGAGCAUCACACAGCUUCAGAAUCUACAGCAUCUGCUGGCAGGUGAAUAUGUCUAUUACACAAGGACGCACAGUGUGAAGCAUUUGGCAUACAAGAAGGAAGUUGUGAAGAUACCACCUGGCUUGAGUAAAAUGAAAGCCCUCAAGAGGAUUUCUUAUGUAGAUGUCAAAGGAAAGGGCCUUGAGGCACUGCAAGAAGUGGCAAGGCUGUCCCAGUUAAGCAGGCUGUGUGCAAUGCAGACCAAUCCAUAUGCAAGUUGGGGAGACUUUAGCAAUACCUUGAGCGAUUUGAACAACUCUCUUCGCUAUCUGUCAGUUAUGCAAGAUGAAGGCAACUGUAACAUACCAGGGCAGCUCCACUUCUUGGAGCGUGUAAGGUCACCCCCCGUGUUCCUUCAUAGCCUGCACUUGUUAGGGAGGCUGGGUUCUUUACCUCCAUGGUUUCCAUGCCUCAGCAAGUUAGCCAGCCUAUCACUCCGACACAACUACUUAGGACCAGAGAUGGUAGAUGUGCUAGGGAGGCUUCCGAGCCUUGUCUCUCUCAAGUUAUACAGUGGGUCAUACACGGGGACUGAAUUAAGAUUUGCAAGUCAUCAGUUCCCCGUGCUGAAACAACUUGUUAUAGACAACCUACCAAAUCUCGUUAAGCUUGGCUUCGAGAGUGGGGCACCUGGGAAUCUGGAGAGACUCACCCUGUUCCUCCCAAGGGGCUCUGCUGCAAGCGUUCUUGGAAUUCGGAACCUCCUAAAGCUAAGGUCAGUGGAGCUAUUUGGCAUUAAUGAUGGUCAUGUGGUGAAUACAGUGAUGGAAGAAGUCAACAGCCAUCCAAACAAGCACAUAAGGGUUACCAGAGAUGAUCAACCACCACCACCUUCUUAG